AUGGAGCAAGAUAAUAUUUUAACAGCAUCCGGCAGUCGAUUCGUCACGAAUGCUUUAGACGCUGUUCGGGUUCGAUUUGUAUCUAACUGGGAAUCAAAGGCCGAUGUAGAGAGCUUUGCUCCAGAGUUCGCCCACCAGCAUUUUGGUGAAAAGGAAACCAUCUAUGGAUAUGAUGACUUACAUAUCUUUUUGGAUUACACCGAUGCAUCGAUGUUUCUAUAUCCCGAAAUAUCUUUUUCUACUACUGUAUCUGCUGUUGAAAAGGACAUGAAGGAGGACGACAUUUUGGCUAAAAUCAAAGAUCAACUUCCCAGCGAUCAGAUGAAUAUGAUGGUUGAAACAAAUGAUGCAUUUCGAGUGCUACUGUCGAAGCAAAAGAAUUUCAAACCAUUCGGGGAACUGAUUUCGAAGUUAAACAUUGAAGACAAAUGCUUCGAACUGCACAAAGUCUCAGAAAGUUCUCCUGAUUUUGACGCCUACCUAGCACGGGUACAGUCACUUGCUUUGUGGUAUAUCGAUGCUGCUCAGUAUACAGACAAUAGCGAUCCCUUAUGGUUUCAUUAUUUCUUAUUUGAGUCGCGACCUCAUGAUUCGGGAGACGGGUCUCGAGCGUAUUCUCUCGCUGGAUAUGCUUCCUUGUAUAGAUUCUAUGCAUAUCCAGACAAAGUAAGGCCACGCAUAGCACAAAUCAUGCUUCUGCCUCCCUACAGGAAAAGUGGGCUCGGUGCCAAGUUGCUAAAUGCUAUCUACAAGGAUCUGGGCUCGAUGAAGGAAGUUUUGGACGUAACGGCUGAGGAUCCUGCGGACAACUUCGUUCUCCUGCGAGAUUAUGUCGAUUGCAUUAACUGCUCAAAACUUCCCGAGUUUGCGCCGGACAAGCUCAGAAAAGGAUUUACUGAGGACAUGCGAAUUGCCGCACUGAGCAAAUUGAAAAUAACGAAGCGUCAGUCGCGUCGAGUAUAUGAAAUUUUACGGCUCAGAAGUACAAAUAUGAAGGACGCUGCUGAAGCGAAAGCAUACCGGUUGGACGUUAAACGAAGACUCGAAGCUCCCAUGAAGAGAAAUGAACGAGACUGGAAGAAGAUUCAACGCGCUCUCGACGACAAAGAGUAUGCUCAGGUAACUGUUUUCUAUGAUAUACUUUGGAACUUGAAAGAUUUCUUUUAA